AUGCGGAGGGGCAGUCGUCGCUCCUGGUAUAGCUGUCGUCAGGCAUGUCCCUCACCAGAUGCACCAGUGCUGGGCGCAUUGCAGAGUGCGCACCGCAUGCGGCACUCGCCGGCGCUGGAGCGUGGCGCUGGUGACUUGAGGACCGUGACGCGACUGCCGCGUGGCAUGUCCCCGUUUCAGCUAUCUCGCGCUGCUGCCCCGGCCUCACAGCCGCGCGGCGCCGUCGAAUCUCGCUCUGAUGGUGGCAGCCACAUUGACCACAGUGUAUCCCCUUCCACUACCGUCGAAGGUGCCCUCUCGUCGUCCGCGCAGCCAAGCGAGCAGCUGCCCCCGUGGCCAGUUGACGCCUUCGAAUUCAACGCCGUCGCGGCACACGGCGGGCACGACAUUCGUCUAGCCUGGGACGCCAUUUUUUCCUCCUCCGACUCGGCUACUGCUGACGCUAACGGCAAUGGGAGUGCCGCAUCGACACUGACGGGUGCCGGCACUGUGCCUGACGUGAAAGCACCAUUGCUGGACACCGCAUCUCGGACGACACCGAAGCUGCCUCUUGUCACACUCGACACGAUUCGGAAACUAAAGACAGUAGAGGAGACGGCAGAAGCGCAGGCGGCGCUGCGCGGUGGCGGUUGGGUGUGCGCGGGAUGCUGGUCGAUUGUGCGCGCAGACUGCAGCGACAACACUAGUAGCGGUGCGUCCGACUCAACUGGUCUCUCAUCCUUCCCCCGCACCAUCUGCCCUGCGUGCCGCACACUACGCCACGACGCGCGCAUGUGGCCGUACAUAGUGUCUCUGCGUCUUCGGUCCGAUCUCUGGCACUGCGGAUGCUGUAAAGAGACAAACACGCGUGCUUCCGCGAACUGCCGCUGCUGCGGGGCAGCACGUUCAGCAAGCAUGGACACGGUUGAUGAUAAUCAGGAGGAGGCUUUCGUGCGCAUGACGAUCGCCGUCGAAGUGGACUCAUACCCCAUCGGCCAUGUCGUCGUCACGCGAAACCGCACGACGCGCUGGCGUUGUGGGGGUUGCCGGGAGAUCAACUCCCUGCAGAUGGCGGUGUGUCGCCACUGCGCACGCGAGCGGUUUGCUGUCACGGUAAGCUGCCCCACGUGCGAUGCCCCGCGUGUCUUGUCAAACGCGCUGGUGUUUGGCGGUGGUGGGGAUGACGCACAUGUGACACGAGGGCGCGACAGCUACAAAGCGCUGGACACCGUCUCCCCGGCAUCUGCCGGUACCGCUGGUACUUCUGGGGGCGGUCAUACGGCCACGCCAAACUCUGCCCUCGCUGCCUCACCAAAGUCCUCUGCGCGUGUCUUUGGCCCCGAAAACUGCUAUACCCCGAACUCGACGCAGCUCACCUGUCUACAAUGCCGCAGCCCUCUCCAUGGCGGCCGUGUGACGACUGUGAGCGCAACGACGUCGUGGUGGUGCGCCUGUGGCAUUGUGAACACCAUGGCGGCGUACAGCUGCCUUCGUUGUCGCCUGCCACGUGCCUUGGAGUGCCCUGAGAAGUUGCGAGCGCUCCUGCGGAGCGCCAUAGCGGAUAGUGUCUCAGCGUCGCCGCCUCUGUCGGCACAGGAUGCCGGUGCUGCACCCGACUGUUCUGAGGCGUCACCGAAGUGGGACUUUAGGUCUUGCACGAACUGGAUGUGUGACAGCUGCUGCAGCGUGAACACUGCUUCAUAUCAAGUGGUCGCGGAGAGUAACUUGUCAUCUUCCUCGGACGCGACCUGCCCCAACAACACGAAGCGCGGCCGUCGGCUGUGGAUGCGCCACGGCGAUGCAGCGUGCCGCCACUGCGGUGCCCCGUGGCAUCACCACGUCUUGCAGCAAGGCAACUCCUGGCGCUGCGCGUGCCACGCGCUCAACUCGCGCGCCGACGCCUUUUGCACGAGCUGCGGGCUUCCAGGGCUGGAUGGGGUUCGGCCUGACAUGCUUUCUUCUUGGUCUAAGGGGGACUGGCGGUGCCCUUCGUGCGGCAGCCUCUGCUACAGAGGUCGACAGCGGUGUUCCUGCGGCACAUCUCGCCCACCAGCAAGGCUCGGCGGCGCGGCAUGA